AGUUUCAGUCUGUGGAAAGUUUUGUUUGGAGAAAAAAAAUAUAAGAAAAUAUCAAGAUGCAACCACAGAUCUUAGUGCUAAAGGAGGGGACAGACCAGUCGCAGGGCAAGCCACAGCUGGUUUCAAAUAUCAAUGCAUGCCAAUUAGUUGUUGAUGCGGUGCGAACUACUCUCGGUCCUCGUGGUAUGGACAAGCUAAUUGUGGAUCACAAUGGCAAAGCAGUCAUAUCUAAUGAUGGAGCUACUAUUAUGAAGCUUCUGGAUAUCGUGCACCCAGCAGCCAAGACUCUUGUGGACAUCGCGAAAUCCCAAGAUGCUGAGGUAGGAGACGGCACUACAUCUGUGGUGAUUCUAGCUGGAGAGCUUCUGAAGAGGUUGAAGCCUUUUGUGGAGGAUGGUGUGCACCCACGAAUUAUUAUUCGGGCCGUGCGUACAGCGGCGCGUCUCGCCAUUGAACGAGUCAAGGAGCUCGCUGUCAAGGUUGAAAGCCAGUCGCCGGAGGAGCAGAGGGAACUUCUACGCAAGUGCGCGUCUACGGCGAUGUCAUCGAAGCUGAUACAUCAGCAGAAGGGCCACUUCUCACAGAUUGUUGUGGAUGCUGUACUGUCACUAGACGCUCCGCUUCUGCCGUUAGAUAUGAUUGGCAUCAAGAAAGUGUCAGGAGGUGCUCUAGAAGACUCCUUCCUGGUCUCCGGAGUGGCCUUCAAGAAGACAUUCUCGUAUGCCGGUUUUGAGAUGCAGCCAAAGAGCUACGAGGACUGCAAGAUUGCUCUACUCAAUAUCGAGCUUGAGCUGAAAGCUGAGAGGGAUAAUGCACAGAUCCGUCUGGAUAACGUGAAGGAGUACCAGAAGGUUGUGGACGCAGAGUGGCAGAUCCUGUACGAGAAGCUGGCAGCGCUUCAUGCUAGUGGUGCUAAUGUGGUGCUGAGCAUGUUGCCCAUUGGUGAUGUGGCCACACAGUACUUCGCUGACCGUGACAUGUUCUGCGCGGGUCGAGUCCCAGCGGAAGACAUGAAGCGUACGCAGCGCGCUUGUGGGGGCGCCGUGCUGAGUUCAGUGCGCGACAUGAAGCCCGAGAGCCUGGGAUGUUGCCAGCACUUCACCGAGAAGCAGGUCGGAGGGGAGAGAUACAACAUAUUCACCGGAUGCCCUGCUGCCAAGGCCUGUACCAUCGUGCUGCGUGGUGGAUCAGAGCAGUUCCUGGAGGAGACUGAGAGGUCCCUGCAUGAUGCUAUCAUGAUUGUGCGCAGGACUAUCAAGAAUGAUGCAGUUGUUGCUGGCGGCGGUGCAAUAGACAUGGAGAUAUCGAAGCAUCUGCGCGAGUUCUCCAAGGGUAUAGCGGGCAAAGAGCAGUUGCUCUUAGCGGCUGCAGCUCGUGCCUUCGAGGCAAUUCCUCGCCAACUAGCUGAUAAUGCUGGUCUUGAUGCCACCAGUCUGCUGAACAAGUUAAGGCAGCGGCAUCAUGCCGGCGACGUUUGGUACGGCAUCGACAUACAGAAGGAGGACAUCGCGGACAACUUCGUGAACUGCGUGUGGGAGCCUGCAGUAGUCAAGAUCAACGCCAUCACGGCCGCUUGUGAAGCUGCAGCACAGAUCCUGUCAAUAGACGAGACUAUCAAGAACGUGAAGGGCGAAGCGCCACCACAGAUGCCCGGCCGCGGUAUGGGACGUCCAAGAAUGGGAUAAAGACAAAACUCACUUCGCAGUAUUUCCUGAAACUCCAGCUUUAUUUCCCUGUUCAUUGGCUAGGGGAGAGUGGGGGAAGUGGUUUCCUUAUAUAAUAUACAAUAAUUUUUAACAAGUUGUAUUUUCUAAUGUCUAACAUAUUUAGCUCCCGUUGGCACGCUUGGCAAUGGGACUGCCGAUGUAAGAUUAUCUAUUAAUUGCAUUUACAGUCGCCCUCCUCUGAUUGUAUUGUUUAAAAGAUAGGGAUCUGCUAGUUAUUCUUUUUAAAUAAUGAGUUACAGAGCAACUGUCGUUCGAUUGCUGUGCAACUAUCGCUUAACUGUAGUGGAACAGUUGCGCAACUGUUGUAAUGUGGAGAAACUUUACAGUUACAUUACGAAUGUAUGUUACUCUUAAUUUUAUUUCAUUUAUUUGCUGACUUCGCCUGAAUAGCUUUCACAAACAUAGAAAGUAAGUCUAUAUAACGUAAUAAAUUAUAAUGUACU